AUGAUUCCAUUCUUCAUCUCAAGAGGAAUCGAACGAAAAGAAACAGAAAAAUUAUUAAAAAAUGGAAUUAUUGAACAUUCAACAUCCCCAUGGUCUUCACCAGUCGUACUAGUUAAAAAGAAAGAUGGAACAACAAGAUUUUGCGUCGACUAUUGCCGUUUAAACCAAAUUACAACAAAAGAUGCUUUUCCUCUACCAAGAAUUGAUGAUAUUUAUGAGCAAUUAACAAAAGCAACAUAUUUAACUAAAUUCGAUUUUAAAGCUGGUUAUUUUCAAGUACCAUUGAACAAAGCAGAUCGACCAAAAACAGCAUUUUCAACUCGAGAUGGACAUUUUCAAUUUAAAGUAUUACCACAAGGUCUUACUAAUGGACCACCAACAUUUCAACGUAUUGUUAAUCAAAUAUUAGGUCCAAACAGAUGGGAACAUGUACUCGCCUAUAUCGAUGAUAUUAUUAUUUAUUCACAAAAUUUUAAUGAACAUUUAAAACAUAUCGAAGAAGUAUGUUUGUUAUUACAAGAAGCCAAUUUUAAAUUAAAUGUUGACAAAUGCGAAGUUGCAAGAGCAGAAAUAUUAUUUCUUGGACAUUUAAUUAAAGCAGGUACUAUUAAACCUGAUCCAGACAACAUCCGUGGUUUGACCGAAACACGUGAACCAACAUCAGCUGAAGAAGCGUUUAGAUUCGUCAAAGCAGCAGAAUAUUACCGAAAAUUUAUUCCAAAAUUUUCCACCAUCGCUGCACCAUUACAUAAAUAUUCUCCAGCAACAGUACAACAACAGAAGAAUAAUAAAAAAUUAAAAUUUGAAUUAUCUGCUGAAGCUAGAACAGCAUUCCACCAACUCAAGAAAAUAUUAACAACUGAUCUUAUUCUCGAUUUACCUGAUGAUACAUUAACAUUUAAAUUACAAACUGAUGCUUCUGUAGAUGGAAUCGGGGCUGUUUUAUUACAAAUGACCCCCAAUGGUGAUCGACCAUUAGCAUAUAUGUCAAAGAAAUUAACAAGAACACAAAUUAAUUGGCCAACAAUUGAA